AAAAAGUUUCCCUGUUGACCAUCUUCUCAACAUCUUCCACCAUGCUACUCAGAAGAUCAAUCACCACUCGACCCCAUCCACAUGGAACAUCCCACCCGCUCACUCCCUCCCGUCACGGCCUGCGACCUUCAAACAGCUCUAACCUACGACCGAACCACUUAUCCUUCUCGCCCUCCAACCAACACUCCUUCUCAAUCUCGAGAAGCUCAAUCAUGCCCCAUUCUACGAGAAGGAUGAUCUCAACUUCUCAGCCCGUCUCACUCACACGGCUCCCAGGAAUCCAAGUCAGGCAGAUGAGCUUUAUCUCCGCGGCUACCAGGGUAGCCGCCAGGGCGGGCGGUAGAGUUGUCGGCGUGGGUGCCGUCGGCGUGGGCGGGGCUGCUUAUGCGGGAAGUCAAAUUGACGACUUCAAAGCCAACCUCAUCGGGAAAGUAUCGUACACGUAUGACCAGACUACAGAGACAAUCAAAGAUUUGGCUGGUUCUGCAGGACGGACGAUAGGGCAUAUUUCUAAUGGAGCCAACACGACAUAUAUCAAUGUCUCAACGUCGAUCGAAGAUGGACUCUCAGACUUAUUAUCAAACUUCAGAGGACUGAUGAAUUCCAACCAAGAAGAAGACCCUAAAAAUGAUAGGCCAGAUGGUGAUCACCUCAAAACCGGCUUGGCAAGUCUAUCGGCCAUCGGUUUGGCAGCCUCUUCAGACGACGAUCGAGACAGCCCAAUUCAGAAGGAUCAAGCAACCGCUGGUCUGAUGCAUCUCACCCGAAAACUGAUCGAGAUCAGGUCUCUACUGAUGAGCAUCGACAAAGAUGAAAGUUUGGUCCUCCCCAGCAUCGUCGUCAUUGGAAGUCAAAGUAGUGGAAAAAGCAGUGUGCUCGAGGCUAUUGUUGGUCACGAGUUUUUGCCCAAAGGAAACAAUAUGGUCACUCGCAGGCCGCUCGAGUUGACGCUAGUCCACACCCCACAAUCGGCUUCUAACCCAAAUGUCAAAGAUUACGUGGAAUGCGCUCAAUUUGGACCUGGUCAAUUUGACGACUUUCGAGAAGUUCAACGACGACUGACUCGACUAAACCAAGAAGUUCCGGACUCGAUUGCAGUAGAUGAUCAGCCGAUCCAUAUGAGAGUCUAUUCACCCAACGUCCCCGACCUAAGCUUAGUCGAUUUACCAGGUUACGUCCAGAUCAGUGCAAUGGAUCAACCUGAAGAACUUCGAGAAAGGAUCAGUCAGUUGUGUGACAAAUACAUCAGGAAGCCCAAUAUCAUUCUCUCGGUUUGUGCGGCUGAUGUGGAUCUUGCCAACAGUCCUGCCUUACGAGCAAGUAAGAAGGUCGAUCCACAUGGCUAUCGGACCAUUGGCGUCGUCACCAAGUUAGAUCUGGUCGAUCCUAGCGUCGGUGCGGCGAUCCUAGCAAACGAUAAGUACCGUUUGGCGUUAGGAUAUAUUGGCGUGAUCUGCAAGCCGAGUAGCACUAGUGGUUCAGGCUCUUCAUUUGUUGAGAACCGACUUUUGAAGCGCAACUCAUCUGGCAACUCUACCCAGCUCGCACUGGCCAAGGCCGAAUUUGAUUACUUCAGAGCUCAUGCUGAUCAUUAUGACCAACCCAAUCUCCUCCUGGGGACGGAAACAUUGAAAUCACGACUGAUGAAAGUCCUGGAAGAGUCCAUGUCUAGUUCCUUACAUGACAUCUCCAACCGAGUCUCAUUGGAACUUGAAGAAGCAUCUUACCAGUACAAAGUUCAAUACAACGAUCGGAACAUUUCCGCAGAGACCUAUGUGGCCGAGUCGAUGGAUUUAGUUAAGCGAAGACUAAACGAGUUUUCCAGGAUGUUAGUGAAGCCGGAGGUUCGAGGACUAUUGAAGCAUGAACUUGAACAACGAGUGAUGGGGCUUUUGGCAGAGAUUUAUUGGUCGGAUCGUCGGAUGAAUGAAUUAGGGAAGCUGGGUGAUUCAAAACUUGGAUCAGAAGGACUUGAUCAAUAUUGGGUCCACAAACUCGAGGCGGCUCAAUCCCGGCUGACGAAGGGUGGGAUCGGCAGGAGUUCGGCAGAACUGGUAGCUGACGAGAUCCGGACUGCUGUCGGCCGACUCCUCGAACAUCCACCAAUGACACAUCAUGUCGAGACCAGCGAGGAGAUCCGGGAAAUCACUGAUGAUAUCCUGGAGGGCCUCAAGGCUCGAGCGGCCGACCAUGUGGAGAUCGGGGUGAUGCCAUUCAGAUACGAGAUUGAGAUUGACAAACCCGGUUGGGAGGUCGGCAGGAUUCGGUCGAUACAGUUGGUCGAGGAGGAGAUUAGAAUGUGUGAUCAGUUCUUGAAAGCAGAGAAAUCAGAGUUGAAGAAAAAUUGGAGACUCAGGGAAGCUCUCGAACGGAUCGAGGAGGACGAGUUGAAGAUGAGGAAGUUGGCUCAAAUCAAACUCUCCGGCUUUCAUUCUUCCCCAAAUGCCCAGCAAGACUUGCAGCUUCUUGAAGAGACCGAAGAUACUAGACCAGCUCCGGUUCUACUCGAUCGAGCAAGAAGAUUGAGAGAUAUGGAGAGUCGAUCGGAGAUACUAAGGUUACGAUUACUGGCCUUGAAGAGUAAACGAUGUAAAUCAUCCUCAUCUUCGUCUUCGUCGAUCGGUUUAAUGGGCGGAAGGUCCUCGCCUAACGAUCCCUCUUCGCCCAUCUUGCAGGGCACAAGCAAUCUUGCUACUCCCACCUUUUGUCCUGAAAUCUUUCUCAACAUCUUGGCCGAUCGACUCGCGUCUACUGCCACUGAUUUCAUCAACAUUGACCUCCUCCAUCGAUUCUUCUCCACCUUUCCUCAUGAAUUAAAUUCAAGAUUAGGUAAGAGAUUGGAAGGUACUGAAGCCUUGGCAUUCGCAAGAGAAAACCUAGAGGUCCGGAAACAAAUCGAACUACAGGAUCGGAAAGAAAAAUUAGAAAAGGUGAUGAGAGAGCUAGUGACGUUAGCAUACAUGAAGCAAUCGCAUUCGCACAAUGGUGAUAGUCAUCAUGACGACGAUGGUAAUUCCUCCAACAACAACCAUUCUAAAAGUAAACGCCGGAAACUUGCCGGUCAAAAUCAACAUCCCAAUGGGAAAAAUUACUUCUCAAAUCUGUUUUGAAAAACAAAAAAAAUCCCCUUCUGGUGUUUCAGUUCGACAUAUAAUGUGAUGAAUAAGUAGAGUCCAUUUUACAUCUCUAAACCUCUUCUGAAAGGUCUCUUGUUGGAGUCUUCUCUUGUACUUCUUCCCAUCUGGAUACAUAUUCAGGUGGAUAUUCAUUUAUUUAUGAACAUCAUCGAUACAAAAUACCUAUCAUGCUGUGCUAUUCCUUUCGCUUUUGCUUUUUUUUUUUUGAUUGUCUCUUGUAAAACCAUUCAUACUUUCCAUAUAAAUCCCUCUUCACCUUCUUCUCAGCAAUAUCUUUUUGUGGAAUCUGUGAUCAAUAGAUCUUUGUAGCUGUAGCACAUCUUGCCAUUCCUUUCUUUUUUUUUUGGGGGGGGGGG